GUCCUCUUGUUCCCGGUCUCAUCCACGCCGCACGCCGUGCACGACAGGCAAUCCCUCUUUCCUUUGCCCCACGUUCGUUUUCUUGUGCUCGUCAGAAUGCUCGCGACGAACCUAUCCAUCUCCGCCGCGACGGCGCUCGGCCUGAUCAGCGCCACCAAGGCGACGCUCACGCCCAACAACCUUCUGGCGGCGUCGACGAGCGGGUCGCUCACUGCCGUUCGGUACACCCAUGUCGGUGGCGACGGCUCGUACCAGCAGGUCACCGACCUCGUUCCCGGUACCUUCCCAACCUGCAGCGCCAACCCGUCGUGCGUGAAGACGACGAAGACCGUCAGCGGUAACCUCGCGCCGUUCGACGAGGACCUCACCGUGGUCAUGCGCGGGCCUAUGAACGUGUACAACAUCGCGGUCUACCAGCCGGACAACACGACUUCAGCCACAUGGAAACGGACCAGCUCCUGGGCCUCUGGCAACGCGGCCCAUAACCUGGUCUUUAUGAACAACAACGGAGGAGGCGCGAGCGGCGAGUGGUCAAUCUGUGGUGGUGCCAGCCAAUCAUACGCCUCCAGCGACUUCUCAAGCGCAGCCGCGUCCCCGAAACAGACGUACGGCAGCUACAUUUCCGCGUCGGACGAAGUCAACAUCAUGACCGCCACGGAAUGCAACGGCUCCAACUGCGAGGGCUUCUACCGCGGCACCUCCAACCUCGGCUGGGCCGGCUCCAAGAUGUUCGUCUUCGAGUUCGACAUGCCCAGCGACAGCGACUCGGUCACUCCAGCCAUCUGGGCCUUAAAUGGCCAGGUCGUCCGCAGCGCCCAAUACGGCUGCAAUUGCCGCGGCGAGGGUGGCGAAGGCGGCUGCGGCGAGAUUGACCUGGUCGAGAACCUGGUCGAUGCCGAUCACAAUCAGGGUAUAUCCGAGAUCUACUCCUUCAAGGGUGCCACGGGCACAGGUACAGGCAACUACUUCGCCCGUCCGACGACUGAGAAGGCGGUCUUCGGCGUCAUCUUCGAUGUCAAGACUGAUCAGAUCACAAUUCAGAAGUGGUCAUCGUGGGACUUUACCCAGAAAGCCGUCACCCGGAGCAUCAUCGACGGCUACCUCUCCACUACCGCCAAGGUCAUCUCGUUCAGCACCAACGCUCGCAAGCGCCGUGAGCAUCGCGUCCCCACCUUCCUCGCUGGACGCCGCCGGCACUGAGCCACACUGCGACGCUCUGUACUCUCCGUGCUCUCCUCCAACCAACCGAGCCUGUUGUAACACUCGCUUUCAUCGCACUCUUUCAUCACUCUCGCUCGCUGGAAUGUUACCCCCGUAUUUCGUCUAUUAUCGUCUUUCGGUCCGCUGCACCCCUUAUACUCUCCUGGCACUAGCUGCUAUCUAAGAGACCGACCUGGUCGUCGGCUUCAUUCACUCCUGAUAUGAUGACGCGCCAGGUCGCGUCAACUCUCUCAUAUGUACCCACAUCUUUGUGUGUGUGUGUUAUAUCUGUGUGAUUCUUUACACCGUCCUCGAAUGGAUAUAUUGCGUUUGGUCCAAUCCACCGUUUGCU